UCUCUUCUUUCCCGUUUCAACAAAGUUUAACACAAUGGUGGGAAUUACACUUGAACAACAGCUCAGAAACCUCCUUCGCUCCUUGCAUGACCAGGGUAUUCUGGAUUUAAAUUUUGAGAAUGUUAGGAGAGCACGGGCUCGAUGGGAUUCUCAGUGUCUUAUCGAAGCGGUCACUGCGUUGAUCGAUGAUUUGGAUGUUUCCAUGGCAGAAACAGCGGGGCUCAUGAACUUGGAUGAACCCGAAUUGGACUAUGAAACUUUAGAUUGCUACAUUCAUCAGCUGCAAGAAAGGAGCGCAAGCAUUGGUGGUUGUCGGAUGGUUGUGGCUUGUCGUAACUCUCAGCAAGCUAUUGAUGCCAAGGACAAGGCAAGGUGCGUAGAAACUUUUGAGCAAGUUAAACAAGAAUAUCAAACUCUCCGCGAUGCCCUUAAUAAUUUUUUGCAGCUGGAGAGAUAUAUCAUGGCAUAUGAGAAUCGAAGAAAUGGCGCACAGGGAUCCGCUUGAAAUGGAACUAAGGACAUGGUCAAAUGAUAUGAAUAAAUGGACUUAAGGACAUGGAAUUUGUUUAAGGAUAUUUUUGUUUUAUAUUUGCGUCUGAACAUCAAUAGUGCUUUUGUUGCACAGUGUGUUCGAUUUGAACCUAAAUAAUAUGCAGGCCACCUGUAGGACCUAAGUAAUAGUUUUUUGUUUGGAAGGCUUAAAAAUGUGUGAAGGACUUCUUUAAACAAAUUGAAG